CUCAACUGCUCCUGUCUGUAGACAGCCUGCUUUCUUUCUUCUUGGGACUUAUAUUACCUACCUAAUCUUUCAUUCUCCUCUUCCUACUCCUAUCAUCAUGUCCACCGUGCAGUACACUCCCCGGAUACCUGCCCACGAGCUCGAAGAGACUAGCGACGCCAUCGACGAAGUCAACGUCCUGCGGGGCAGGCUCUGGAACGAGGAGUCUGAGUUUGACAAAUCAAAAGACAAAACGCAGUUCCGACAGUACGAAUCCGCCUGUGACCGUGUCAAGGCUUUCUACAAGGAACAACACGAAAAACAGACAGUCGAGUUCAAUAUCCGCGCUCGAGUCAAUUUCAAGACCAAGUCGCGAGGCCGUAUGGGCGUGUGGGAGGCCAUUGAGCUACUGAACACGCUCGUUGAUGAAUCCGACCCUGAUACCAGCGUAUCCCAAAUCGAGCAUCUCCUCCAAACCGCUGAGGCCAUUCGCCGUGAUGGAAAGCCAGAAUGGAUGCAAGUGGCGGGGCUUGUCCAUGAUCUCGGGAAACUGCUGCUCAUCUUCGGCUCGGAGGGCCAGUGGGACGUCGUUGGUGAUACCUUUGUCGUCGGCUGCAAGUUCUCCGAUAAAAUUAUCUAUCAUGAGACUUUCGCUGGAAACCCCGAUUCGUACGACGAGGUUUACUCGACGGAGUACGGUAUCUAUAAACCAAACUGCGGUCUGGACAACGUCAUGCUCUCCUGGGGUCACGAUGAGUAUCUAUACAACGUCUUCAAGGACCAGAGUUACCUCCCUCCUGAGGCAUUGGCCAUGAUUCGUUACCACUCUUUCUACCCCUGGCACAGAGAAGGCGCUUACAAGCACUUGUGCAACGAAAAAGACGAAGAGAUCCUCGCUGCCGUCAAGGCCUUCAACCCCUACGAUCUCUACAGCAAAAGCGACGAACGAUGCGACGUUGAGAAGCUCAAGCCCUACUACCAAUCCUUAAUCGCAAAAUACUUCCCUCCAGAACUCGACUGGUAA